GGAAGGGCAAGUUAGGCUGCGAUGGCCCAGGUGAGGGGGGCAGCUUUCCAGCCAGCGUGGGGGGCAGCAGGAGGUGGGGCGCCCUGAGCGAGGCGGGCCCCCCACGGCAAGCCGCCAGGGAGUGAGCGAGCGAGCGCUGCCCCCCCGGCUGUGGGCGGGUGCAGCCCCCCGGGGGUCCUCCCCCUCCCCCAGGAGGCCCUCCCCCCAGCAGGACCCCAGAGGGGCCCCCCAUAGGCACAGAAGACCCCCACCCCCUCCCUUGGCCCCCCUGACCCCAAUACUACUGCCCCCCCCACUCACAAGGAGCCCCCUCCCCCUCCCCAUUAAGAACCCCACUCCCUCCCCCCUAUUCUGGGUUGUGUCUCCCCCUCCCCAGAGUACCCCUCAAAGACCCCACCCCCAAUACACACCCUCUCCUCCUCCCACCCCCACCCCACUCAGAAGCCCCUUCCCCUCUCCAUCCUGAAUUAUUGGCAGGUUGGGGGGGGCUCUCUUCCUCCCCCUCCCAAAAUAGACACACCCUAGAGCCCCCUCCCCCCACUUGCCCCAGAAAAGCCCCCUCCCCACUUCCUGUCUUUCUACGGCCUUUCUUCUCUCUCUUCCCCUCUGCCCCACUUUUCCAGAGACCCCCCCAAAGACCUCUCCCACCACCCCAAAUACACACAAGCCCCCCACCCUCACUUUCCCACUAAAAAGCCCCUCUCUCUUGCAACUCUUUUUUGCUAAAUUUCUGGGGUGUCCCCACCUGCCUACAGUUCACCACCCCGCCCCACACAUCCACCCCCCCAGAAACCCCCCCACCCACCCUUCCUUCCGUCCCACCCAAACACCAGGCUUCUGAUAUACCAAGCUAUUGUGGGGAGCAACCCCCUUGGGGGUCCUUCACCCAGGAGCCCCUCCCCCAAAUAGGAUUCCCCCCCCAAUAUACACACCUGGGACCCUUUUCCUGGCUUUCUCCCCUCUGGGUUUGCCACAAGAGACAGCCCUGCCCCCCUGAUCCUUAGAAGAACACCUUCUUUUGCUCCCGAGCACACACCCCCCUCCGCCUCUCUGUGAAUAAAACCCCCAACCAAAGAUCACCCCCAAAGAGACAACUUUGGAGAGGCUUCUCUCCCCCCACCAGUGAAAACGAGAACAUCUGCCCCAUCUAUUUCCCCCCUCCCUCCAUAUCCAGGGGUCCCUGGAGGUCUUGAUUUUAUUUGUAUUCUAUCCACCUCCCUGUUAUCUUUUUGACUAAGGCUGAUAGAGAAAUCUCUUGAAUAAUCUUUUAUCCCCCCCCCCCGCCCCCAAACCCUUUCCCCAGCUGUGUCUUCAGAGGCUGCCCCCUUAGAAGAUUUUCCCUUCCCAGGAGACAGUCCUGAGAUAAGGAGGAUUUGCUCCGUCCCACAAAACAGCUCCUCCUAAGCACUUUGGUGGAACUGUCACUUCUGGAGGGGAGAGGGCCUUUAAUCUCAUUUAUUCCCCACUACCCUAAUAUUUCCCCCUGGUUGCGGGCAGACAUCUGGGGGGGGUGAGAACCGACUCUUGGUGCCCUUUGGGGAGGGCAGCCCCUUCACCUCCCACCCCCACCAGCAAAGGCCUAAAUGGGGGGCUAAAGAGCCCUCCUCGGUUGAUUUGCAUCCCAGCGGGGGCAGUUGGGGGUCUGCCUCGCCAGCCCUCCUUCCCGUGAGCAGGAGGGUCCGACUGCGUGGUUAGGAUCGGAGUGAGCCCUCCAGAGCCGUGGCCAUGGCUGGCGCCAUCGCCUCCCGCAUGAGUUUCAGCUCGCUGAAGAGAAAGCAGCCGAAAACCUUCAUCGUGCAGAUUGCCACCAUGGAGGCGGAGAUGGAGUUCAACUGCGAGGUGAAGUGGAAAGGCAAGGACCUGUUUGACCUGGUGUGCAGGACCCUGGGACUCCGCGAGACGUGGUUUUUCGGGCUGCAGUACCUCAUCAAGGACACCAAGGCCUGGCUGAAGAUGGACAAGAAGGUCCUGGACCACGAUGUCCCGAAGGAAGAGCCCGUGAUGUUCUACUUCCUGGCCAAAUUCUACCCCGAGAACGCAGAGGAGGAGCUGGUGCAGGAGAUCACCCAGCACCUGUUCUUUCUUCAGGUGAAGAAGCAGAUCUUGGAUGAGCAGGUGUACUGCCCCCCUGAGGCGUCUGUCCUGCUGGCCUCCUAUGCAGUCCAAGCCAAGUAUGGCGAUUACGACCCCGGCGUUCACAAGCGCGGCUUCUUGGCCCAAGAGGAACUGCUUCCAAAGCGGGUAAUAAACUUGUACCAGAUGACCCCAGAAAUGUGGGAAGAAAGGAUCACUGCUUGGUACGGCCAGCACCGGGGCAGAGCCAGGGACGAAGCCGAAAUGGAGUACCUGAAGAUCGCCCAGGACCUGGAGAUGUACGGCGUGAACUACUUCAGCAUCCGGAAUAAGAAGGGGUCGGAGCUCUUGCUGGGGGUUGAUGCCCUGGGCCUCCACAUAUACAACCCGGAAAACCGGCUGACCCCCAAAACCUCCUUUCCCUGGAACGAGAUACGGAACGUCUCCUACAGCGACAAAGAGUUCACGAUAAAGCCGUUGGACAAAAAGGCAUCUGUCUUCAAAUUCAACUCCUCAAAGCUGAGUGUGAAUAAGCUGAUCCUGCAGCUGUGCAUUGGGAACCACGACUUGUUCAUGCGGAGGAGGAAAGCCGACUCGCUCGAAGUCCAGCAGAUGAAAGCACAAGCCCGGGAGGAGAAAGCCAGGAAACAGAUGGAGCGCCAGCGCUUAGCCCGGGAGAAGCAAAUGAGAGAAGAGGCUGAGCGGAACAGGGAUGAGCUGGAGAGGAGGCUCCUGCAACUGAAAGAGGAGGCGACGAUGGCGAACGAAGCCCUGAUGAGGUCUGAAGAGACGGCCGACCUGCUGGCAGAGAAAGCUCAGAUCACGGAAGAGGAAGCGAAGCUCCUGGCUCAGAAAGCUGCCGAAGCCGAGCAGGAGAUGCAGCGGAUCAAGGCCACGGCCAUCCGGACGGAGGAAGAGAAACGGCUGAUGGAGCAAAAGGUGCUGGAGGCAGAGAUGCUGGCGUUAAAGAUGGCGGAAGAAUCCGAGCGAAGGGCGAAAGAGGCUGAUCAGCUCAAGCAGGACCUGCAGGAAGCUCGCGACUCGGAGCGGAGGGCAAAGCAGAAGCUCUUGGAAAUCACCAGCAAGUCGUCUUAUACGCCCAUGAGUUCAAGUACGAGCGCGCUGCCGGCCGAGUUGCCGACCUUCAGCCUCAUCAGUGAAAGCCUGUCCUUUGACUUCAAGGAUACAGACAUGAAGAGAUUGUCCAUGGAGAUAGAGAAAGAGAAGGUGGAGUACAUGGAGAAGAGCAAGCACCUCCAGGAGCAGCUGAACGAGCUGAAGACGGAGAUUGAGGCUCUGAAGCUGAAGGAGCGGGAGACGGCCAUGGACAUCCUGCACAGCGAGAACAGCGAGCGGGGCGGCAGCAAGCACAACACCAUCAAGAAGCCUCAAGCCCAGGGCAGAAGACCCAUCUGCAUUUGAGACUUCCCCGUAGGCUAUGACAAGCUCACCUUACAGAGCACAAAGUCCCGCGUGGCCUUCUUUGAGGAGCUCUAGCAGGCGAGCCGCCACUCCCGCUCCGGAGGCAGCUCCCGCCCGCCACAGCGCAACCUUUCGGAGAGCUCACCUGCCCCGGAUCUCUUCCGCCGGACUGCCAGCCGAAUCGGGGCUCCCUCCGCGGGCAGAGGACUCGGGCGUUGGGCCCCUGCAGGAGUCCGGCGCGAUGCUCUCUCGCUUCGUACUUUCUCGUGUUUUUUUUCAUAACCUUUGUAUAACACACAGCUGUGAUAUAUCAUUUAGCUUUUUUUAAAAAAAUGUUUGCAUUGGCUGCGGCUUGUACUCUGCUCCCACGGCAGCAGCCGCUUGCAUUUCUCCUUCCCCUCCGGAGGGGUGCUGUGAACGGUCUUUCCUCCUCCCUGCAGACACAGGGUGUCCUUUACCCUAAGCGUGCCGAGUUAAACCUGCCUCGUCUCUCUGAACAAAUGCCCUCCGUGUGCCAGUGCGACAGGGUGGAAUCCGUACCAGGAAGCACCGGGACCCUUGCUUGUCUCUGCAGUGGGGUGCCGUCGUGGCAUCCCUGGGGGACUCGCCCUCCUCCUGAGCCAGACUGAGGGGAGUGACUGGACAGGCCUCCGCUUGAUCCGUGCUGAGCGCCGAGGGGGUCAAAGCCUGCACCCCGCUUGAUGCGCUGUCUGUACCAGUUCCACGUUUUCCGUUGACUGACAUGACUUCCGUUGCAGGAUUUGGGGUUGUCUGCAAGGUAUUUCUGCCUCCACCCCGCUGGUUGGUUGGCUUUAAGCAAGGAUUGGGAUGGUGCCGGGGUUCCCAGCCAGUUCUACUCUAGGUGUUGCUAAGCUACAACUCGAUUGGGGCUGGGGAUGAUGGGAGUUGUAGUUCAGCAACAUCCAGAAGACCACCGGUUGGCAGAACCCCUGAGAUAGCGGAAGGCGGGUGCUUUAGAUGCAUCUACACUCAACCCUCGCACUCCACGCCGCCCACGAAUUCUGGGAGACCUGCUCCUCACACACCCGUCCCCUGCAGGCUUUGGAUUUUUAACGGGCGCUGGCAUGUUUUGUAAACUUUCCAGUGCAACGCAUGAGGGCUGGGGACCUGAGCUGGCUCCACACUGCCUGACCAAAUGCAUAGAUGGCAGGGCAAGAAGAACGCUGAGCCCUAACCACCGGGGCGUCUGGCAAGGGAGCGGACUGGGUCACCUCUGCCCGCUUCCUUUCCCGGCUUCUUUUUAUGACCUUCUUUCAAUCCCCCCCCCCGCUUCUUUUAAAAACAUUUGUCAUUGCAGCAUCCCACUGAAGCGUGUAACUUUUUAAAAAAAUAUUAUUUAAGGCCUUGGAUCAUUUUCCCCACUCCCAGGACCUGCGAUUGCCUCCGGUCCCCUUUCUAGCCCUUUGGGGCCGUUGGCAAGGAGCAUAAACCCCGCCGAGUGGCUUAAAAGCGGCCCAUGAAUUGUGACCGUUACCAUAAUGGAGGCGAGGGGUUCCCUGGUGGCUGGCAGUGAUGGGAUUUGACGUCCAGCCACCUCUGGGGGUCCAAGCUGAACCCCAGCUGCGGAAAUUGGCGCUUCUCAAGGCAAAAGCCGCCCCAGCGUUUGAAUCUGUAGCAAGACUCCUUCGUUAAGGAGGCCGGCUGUUGCAGCUGCAGCAGGGGAUGAUGGGAGUUGUAGUUCAGCAACAACUGGAGAACCCAGAUGCUGUCUCCAUCCAAGGGCUUUUUUUGGACAGUUGCCAGGUUCAGGGUGUUGUGGUCUUGCUUUCUGCCCCAGAUGCAACGAGCCGUGUUUCUGCAGGCCUGAAAGAGGGGCGUGGUGCCAUUUGAGGGUGAAUAUGGGAAAUAAGACCCCAGCAGUGUGCCUUAUGCGGAGUCUGACCCUUGGUCCAUCCAGCUCAGUAUUGUCUUCACUGACUGGCAGCAGCUUCUUCCAGCCCUAUCUGGAGAUGCCGCCAGGAACGGAACCGGGGGCCUUCUGCAUGCCAAGCAGAUGCUCUACCACUGAGCAGAUGCACCUGCCUUCUUGCAUGCAGAAGGCUCCCAGUUCCCUCCCUGGCAGCAUCUCCGGAUAGGGCUGAGAGAGAUAUUCCUGCCUGCAACCUUGGAGAAGCCGCUGCCAGUCUGUGCAGACAAUGCUGCUCGAUGCACCAAGGGUCUGGCUCAGUAUAUGGCAGCUUCCUACACUCCUCUCCUGUUAGCAGUGGGAGAGCGGCUGGCCCUAUCCAUCCCCAGCACAGCAACCUUGCAGUGGCUGCCCCCUCUCCUAUGUUUCUUCUGAGACGGUGAGCCUUUGUGGGGCAGGGAACCACCUUAAUCUUCUCCUUUCCCCAUGUCAACCACUCUGAGGGCGUUUCCAUUGAAAAGCAGCAUAUAAGAAAUGGUAGCAGCAAGGGAGAGUGUGGGUCCUGGCAGGCACGGGCUCAGAGCACAUUUUAUAGAGGCAUGCCCUCCCCUCUUGCAUUACAGCCAGCUUCUUUUUUCUCUUUUUGGGCAUCGCGAGUGGAUGAGCAGGAAAGACGCACGCCCACAGGGCAGACAACCAGCACGCCCCUGUGCCCGUGGCUUGGUUUUUCGCUUUUUCUUUCUUUCUUUUUUCACAUUGCUAUCCCUCUCUUCCUCCAAGGCGCCUGGAGCGGUGUACAUGGUCGUGUUUAUCCUCACAACAACCCUGCGAGGUAGAUGAGGCUGAGAGAGACGUGACUGGCUCAGAGUCACCCAGUAAGUUUCAUGGCUGAACGGGGAUUUGAACUCGGGUCUCCCCGGUCCUAGUCCACCUCUCUGGCCACUACACCACGCCGGCUCUAAUCCGCUGAGGCUGUACUAAAAACACUUUUGUGACCUGAGAUACGGAGCAUCCUGGAGCCUUCAGUGACGGAGCAGGGCUUCUGGCGGUCUCCGGGCACAGGUGAGACCCAGAUCGCUUCCCUUGCACCUGGGCUGCACAGCUUGGUCUGUCCUGCAGAUGUUGGACUACAACUCCCAUCUUCCCUGACUAUUGGCCCCUGUGGCUGGGGAUGAUGGGAGUUGUAGUCCAAGAACAGCGGGGCGACCAGAGUUGGGCAGCGCUGCCUUAAAAGACACGGGACCUCAAGCUUGGCUCCCCAGAUGUUUUAGGACUACAACUCCCAUCAUCCCCAGCCACAGGGGCCAAUAGUCAGGGAUGGUGGGAGUUGCAGUCCAGCCGCAUUUGUGGACUCCAGCUUGAGAACGCCUGCAAAGCACUACCACUGGGUCCUAUCCCUGUCUGUAGUGAAUUUUGGGGAGGAAACUCUGGAAUUCAGAUGUCUGAAGCAGCUGCCCUGCAUUCCGUUUCUCCCUUUUGCAGGGUCGGGGACAAUCUGACCCCGUUUUCUAUUUCCGUGGAUUGUUAUAUACUCUGCAGAACCAAUUGUUUCCUCAUUUAGUUCUAAUAAAAAUUCCAAGCACUUGGGA